AUGGCCAAGUCUCUUCUCCUUUUCAGCCUCAUCGCCGCUGGCGCUUACGCUCAGUCGACUCCCGACCCCAGUCUCAUCAAAGGCGGCGAGUUCCAACAUCUGGGUUGUGUUGCCAUCAAGCCUGGGACCUUUCCUCGACAGUUUGACUUGGGUCAGGCCGGAUGCACAUCGUCUUGCUCGACCAAUGGCAACAUCAUCGCCUUCCACGGCAACUCCUGUACUUGCGAUCGCCUGGAUCUGUCACCAAAGCCGAUCCCAUACCGAGUGACCAAGGUGGACAACUCGCUCUGCAACCAAUGGUGCGACCCAGCCGACAAGUCCAAGGGAACCUGUGGAGGUGCUACCGUCCGCGGCUGGCCGAUCUAUGACCUCUACAAGAGGAAUGAUGCCAGAGUCGUCUUUGUGCCGUUCCCGGGCGACGUUGCUACUCCUGUAGCUCCUGGACAGACGCCCGCCCCGGUCCCCAGUGACCCAGGACACAAGCCUGGCGAUGUCUUCCACGACUGUCCCCCAGAUGUUGUUGACUGCCCCUAUCGCACAAAGUGCCCUGGCGGCAACUGUGGCGGUAGCAAGCCUAUCCCUCAGCCUUGCCACGGAUGUAGCCCCCCCAGCGGUGGCAAGAACUGGACUGCUCCUGCGUGUCCUCCUGGCGGCUGCCCCCCUGGUCAAGGUCCUACUCCUGGCGGUGGAGAUCAAAACGGACAAAGCGGAAAUGGUGGUCAGGGAGGUAACAACAACGGAGGCGCUGGAGGAGACUCUGGCAACGGAUCUCAAGGAGGCCAGAGCGACAGUAGCAGCUCAGGAAACGGCGGUGAUUCGGGCAAUGGGGGCUCUGGGAGCCAGUCUGGUAGCGACGCAACCGGAGGACAAGAUGGUUCCGGCCAGGACAGUGCUGGUCAAGGAGGUGACGGAACAGACAGUGGAAGCAGCGCGGGUGGUUCCGACCAAGGAGGUUCGGAUCAGGGCUCUCAGGGACAGGGUCAAGGUGAUCAGUCCGGAUGUACUGGAACAACUUGCCCGACUCCCGUCAGCUUGGGUAUCAAGGCUGAGGCUGGAAGCUUGAUGUUUGCAGUCCUCGCCGGUGUCUUGGUUGGUCUGUGGUAA